GAGUGGCCGAGGGGAAGGCUGUGGAGAGGAAGGUCCUAGGAGUUCUACUGUCCCGGACUCUAAAGUUCCGCGGAACUUCUGCGUGCCUGAAGCGGUGAGGUCUCGCCUCUGUGGUGGGGAGGUUUAACUUCUUGGAGACUGGUUCAAGGACAAAGACAAAGCCUGCGCUGAGGCUUUUAAAAGUCUCAGGUUUGUUAGGGCCCUGAAGCUGGAGAGGCGCCUUGGGAAAAGCCCACAGUUCGCUGAAACAAAGCGAGGGGCUUUAGAGGCAGUGCCUGCCAGCAAGCAGGACCUUCGUGACCUCCUGCCCCGCAGCCUGGAAGCCCCCACGUCCUUGGACUUUGAACUCACACUGAAAAAUCUCGACAUGGGCUCAGAUGCAGUGUCCUGAGGCCUGGACCUGGCUUCUGGGGCGCAUCGCGCCGCUGAUCGAGUGGCCUUGAGCCCCCCAUCAACACCAUCCUCGCGCCCAUCUGGUACCUCAACUCUCUCCACCUCCUAUUUGUAGCCAAGUCCCGGCGAAGCCCACUUCUUACGGCCCCGCGCACCGCCCACCCCGGCGCACUGGGGAUAAAACCCGACUGCCUUGGGGAGCAGAACGAUGAGCUCUAGAUGCUACUGGAAUGUCAGAAGUCAGAGGCCAAGGUGUCGUCCAGGGACUGUUGUCUCCAAGGACAGACAGAGGGAGCAUCCUGACUAACCUAGAAAAUCGCUGGCCGUCCAAGUGUGGACCGCACAGAUGCAGCCAAAUGAAAACACACAGGAAAGAGAUUUAAAUCAGCAACCCCAGCAAUGCUUUCUUGCAAAUGGGAAAGACCUGCUCUCUGAAGCCACUGCAAGGGCAAAUACGAUCUGGACCCUGCACUCAGGGACUCACAAUCUAAUGUGACAAUCAGGCGGACUCUACACCCAUGGCACUAGGUGGGGGAACUGAGAAGUGACAUUACUGAGUUCGGAGGAAGAGGACCUCCAGAUACAGGACUCUUCUCCUUAGAAAUCCACAGUCCGGUAUUUACUGGCCAGGAAGUUUUCCUGCCCUGGAGCAGCUGGAAAGCUUGUGGCAUCCUUCCAAGACUUUGUUGGUUCACAGACAGUGAGCUUCUCAGAACCGCCCCUGGUCGGAAAGGUGCAACUAGGUGGAGCGGGAAUCGGUGAUUCGGACACUCGGUUCUUUGCAGCUUCUCCCACGGCGACUUGGACCUCAGGACCCUAUUCUAGUCCCUGUCUAUUCCUGGUAGCGCAGCAACAUCCCACUGGGUGGACGCAGAGGGCGUGGCCCACAUACGCCAGAACCAAUUGGGAAGGAGGCCAGGAUGCCGACCCCGCCCCUCGACGUGACGCAGGGCCCCCGGACAGAGGCUUCACAGCCCCGGCCCCAGUCCUUGCAGUGGCUGUAACAAAACCCAGACCCCCAGGUCCCGGCCAAUGGAGGCGAUUUAGACUGGAGCUGGACCGCGUCUGUCAAAGCUCGACUCCGCACCACCGCGGAGUCCAGAAGAAGAGCUGGAGCCACCGCACUCCCUCCCCGCCCCCGCCGGGAUUUAUUGAGUAUUUGGACUGGACAAUUAAGUGGCCCUGAUGAUGUUACCAAGCCCGGUCACCUCCACCCCUUUCUCAGUCAAAGACAUUUUGAAUCUGGAGCAGCAGCGGCACUUCCACGGAGCUCACUUGCAGGCGGAAUUGGAGCAACACUUCCACCCGGCGCCCUGCAUGCUGGCCGCGGCUGAAGGGACUCAGUUUUCUGAUGCAGGGGAAGACGACGAGGAAGAAGAGGGAGAGAAACUGUCCUAUUUGAACUCACUAGCCGCUGCCGAGGGCCAUGGAGAUUCGGGUCUCUGUCCUCAGAGCUAUGUCCAUACAGUUCUUCGAGACUCUUGCAGCGGGCCCAAGGAACAUGAAGAGGAGGUCGUGAGCGAACGGAGCCAAAAAAGCUGCCAGUUGAAGAAGUCUCUCGAAGCGGCGGGAGACUGUAAGGCGAGCGAGGACGGCGAGAGGCCGAAGCCGCGCAGCCGCCGGAAGCCGCGGGUGCUCUUCUCGCAAGCCCAGGUCUUCGAGCUGGAGCGCAGGUUCAAGCAGCAGCGGUACCUGUCGGCGCCCGAGCGCGAGCAUCUCGCCAGCAGCCUGAAGCUCACGUCCACGCAGGUGAAAAUCUGGUUCCAGAAUCGCAGGUACAAGUGCAAGAGACAGCGGCAGGACAAGUCCCUGGAGCUGGGGACGCACGCGCCGCCGCCGCCACCCCGCCGCGUGGCAGUGCCGGUGCUCGUGCGGGACGGCAAGCCGUGCGUCACGCCCAGCGCGCAAGCCUACGGCUCGCCCUACGGCGUGGGCGCCGGCGCCUACUCCUACAACAGCUUCCCCGCCUACGGCUACGGGAACUCGGCCGCCGCCGCCGCUGCAGCAGCCGCCGCCGCAGCGGCAGCCGCGGCUUACAGCGGCAGCUACGGCUGCGCCUACCCGACCGGCGGCGGCGGUGGCGGCGGGGGUGGCGGCGCGGCCUCCGCGGCGACCACCGCCAUGCAACCCGCCUGCAGCGCCACCGGCGGCGGAUCCUUUGUGAACGUGAGCAACCUGGGAGGCUUCGGCAGCGGCGGCGGCGCGCAACCCUUGCAUCAAGGUGCCGCAGCCGGGGCCGCGUGCGCGCAGGGGACCUUGCAGGGCAUCAGGGCUUGGUAAGGUCUGGGCGGGACGCGCAGCGGGCGUCCUACCGCACGCUGGGCGCCGCGGGAAUGAGACACGAGAAAGGACAGACCCAAGGGCCAGGUCCCCUCGUUAAAAUAAAAUACAGACGUAUCGCUCCUUCCAAGGGGCCAGGAUCGCAGCACACUCCAGGCCUGGGGCAUGGGGCUCAGCGGAGAAAGGACGCCCUGGUCCAGUCGUCAAGACUGUCUGAGACAGAAACACCGGCCGGGUGCCAGGGAAGAGGUGGCCCCCCACCCUGACUGUGCGGGGAGUGCGGGAGGCUGGGACUCCGGCUGUUGCUUGCUUUCCGGAGGAGGAGGAGGGCCUCCUGCCUUCCUGUGGCUUUCUCGAAGCGUGGUCGGGGAACCGAACCGAACAGGGGGGAAAAAAAGAAAGAAAGAUCAAUAAACGAAGAAAAGUAGUUGGAGAGAGAGCGCGAAGAAGAGGAAAAUGGGGUACUAGCUCGAGAAAUCCCACCCAUCCGCAGCCCCUUUUGCUAGCCCGGAGCGCCACAACGCUGUGGAGGUUUCCUUUUCCAACUAUUUCCCUUUGAGACAGACUCCACCCGGAUCCCUGGAUUGUCAGGGGACUCUUCUUGGAGACCACCGUCGCAGUGAGAUCGAAGUUGAGGGGGGAAGGGAGGCAGCUGAGCAAAUCCAAAACCUGACGGCCCAAUCUAGGUUGUUGCCAGGUUGGUUUCCUUUCUGUUUUGUAUUCUGUAUUCCGCACAUUAUCUCUGUAUAACUAUAUCCACACGCCGUGUACACAUCCGCUGUCACACACUACAGGAGUCAAUAAAGAAGGUGCAAUAUUUCUGA